AUGUGUGGUCUACAACCAGUCAACGCAGAACCCGGGGAAGGCAUUGACAAUGCUACCUUCGACGGCAAGUGCUGGAGGUUUGGACCUGGAGUCGAUCCUAAUGGUUUAAUGGGGGCAGAACGUAGUGUACUGAGACAGCAGUGUACUGAGAAAGCUGGGCACCGCUAG